ACGGCAACGAAAACCGAAUUCCCAAAUAUUCUCUCGCAUUGAACUUUGAAGCUUCCGCAACAACAACUCUUCCCUCAGCACAACGAUACAGGGCGAUAGAGGGAGCACGUCCAUAUUUCGGAGUGCUUGUCGGAUUUUACUGCUGUACUCACGGCCGAAUAUUCCCACGCGCGCCCUUUCAACAUGUCCACCUCGCAAGGAGUCAACGUACUCCGGUGGUCGGCCCUGGCUGCAGGCAUAUUUUACGGAUUUACGCACCAGAGAACCAUCUCCUCAAACACCGCGGCCGCUCAUGCGCAUGCAGAAUACCAACAUAAACUCGACUUAAUACAAAAGGCAAAGGCAGAAUACGCAAAAAAGAACCUGCCUCCUCAGUCAAAGACAGCCAGUGGUGACAUCAUUACGGAUCCCAAUGACAAGAACUUCGACCUCGAGGCCUACCUGACGAAGUUAUCUGCGGAGAGCUGAAGUGAAUAACCCUGAAGAUAGUGCCAAAUUGGAAGGAGAUGGGAGCAAGGCAUGACAGCUACGGUGGACACAAUUAGAGAUGGCGCUUAUCUGGAGUUGAUAUCCCAACGAUCGGACUCAGGAACGGCACCCAUUGCCACUGUUGCGCAAGAAAAGUACCAGUAAUUCACCAAAGCGCUUGUACAUACAUCUCGGCCGGAGGAGAAUGCUGUAAAACUAUGGUCAAUACGUGGUGCUUUCAGCAGGGCUCAUGUUCUGUUCUGUUCUCUUCUUAUGCGACUCUGUUCAUCACAUGUGACGACCU